AUGCCAAAAUGCCCAACUCACUACUCAAAGCUCCUCACCUCCUCACUCUACCAACGCCUCAAGAAUCACACCCUCUUCCCAAUUGACCUCAAGUUCUCAUCUCUCUCAAUCCCAUCAGGCAAUGAAGAACCAGAUCCCCCAAUUAGUGAAGAAAUCUUCAGGAAAGGUCCCAACUUUGGGGCCUACAAGUCAGGUGAUUCAACUUUCUAUUCACUCAUUGAGAACUAUGCGAGUCUUGGGGAUUUUGGGUCCUUAGAGAAGGUUCUGGAUCGAAUGAAACGCGAAAGGAGAGUCUUUGUUGAGGGGAGUUUCAUUGCUGUGUUUAGAGCUUUUGGGAAAGCACAUUUGCCCAAUCAAGCUGUAGACUUGUUUCAUAGAAUGGUAGAUGAGUUUCAGUGUAGGAGGACUGUUAAGUCGUUUAAUUCGGUUCUUAAUGUUAUUGUACAGGAGGGUCAUUAUGCACAUGCAUUGGAGUUUUAUGACCAUGUUGUUGGUGAUAGAAGCAUGAAUAUUUCGCCCAAUGUGCUUAGUUAUAAUUUGAUUAUUAAGGCAUUGUGUAGGUUUGGAUUGGUUGAUAAAGCUGUGGAGAAGUUUCGGGAGAUGCCGGUUAGGGACUGUGCUCCUGAUGUGUUUACGUAUUGUACAUUGAUGGAUGGGUUGUGCAAGGUGAAUAGGGUUGACGAGGCGGUGUUUUUGUUGGACGAGAUGCAGAUUGAGGGCUGCUCCCCAAGUCCUGCGGCGUUCAAUGUGUUGAUUGAUGCAGUGUGCAAGAAGGGUGACUUGGGGCGUGCGGCAAAGCUUGUUGAUAAUAUGUUUCUUAAGGGGUGUGUUCCAAAUGAAGUGACUUAUAACACACUUAUACACGGUUUGUGUCUCCAAGGGAAGUUGGAGAAGGCAAUUAGUCUUUUGGAUAGAAUGGUUUUGAAUAAAUGUGUGCCCAAUGAUGUCACCUAUGGGACAAUCAUCAAUGGACUUGUUAAGCAAGGGCGGUCUCUUGAUGGAGUUCGAGUGCUGAUAUCUAUGGAGGAAAGAGGGCGUCGUGCAAAUGAGUAUAUUUAUUCAGUUCUUGUUAGUGGAUUGUUCAAGGAGGGAAAAUCUGAAGAGGCAAUGAAAUUGUGGAAGGAGAUGAUGGAAAAGGGAUGUAAACCCAACACUGUGGUGUAUAGUGCCCUAAUAGAUGGUCUUUGUUUAGAUGGAAAACCCGAUGAAGCUAAGGAAGUAUUCUGUGAGAUGGUGCGUAAUGGUUGCAUGCCCAAUUCCUAUGCUUACAGUUCCUUAAUGAGGGGUUUCUUCAGGACAGGUCAGAGUCAGAAAGCGAUUCUUUUGUGGAAAGAAAUGGCAGCCAAUAACGUUGUACGUAAUGAGGUUUGUUACAGUGUCAUAAUUGAUGGUUUCUGCAAGGAGGGGAAAGUCAAAGAGGCAUUGAUGGUGUGGAAGCAGAUACUUGCAAGAGGAUAUAAACUAGAUGUCGUGGCUUAUAGCUCAAUGAUCCAUGGCCUGUGCAACGAUGGUUUGGUUGAGCAGGGUUUGAAACUUUUUAAUGACAUGCUUUCUCAGGAACCUGAAUGUCAGCCUGAUGUAAUCACUUAUAACAUACUUUUGAAUGCUCUCUGCAAGCAGCAUACCAUCUCACGUGCCAUUGAUCUUUUGAACAGUAUGCUGGAUCAUGGUUGUGAUCCUGACUUGGUUACUUGUGACAUCUUCCUAACAACUUUGGGAGAAAAGCUCGACCCACCUCAAGAUGGGAGGGAGUUCCUAAAUGAGCUAGUUGUCCGGCUAUUUAAACGGCAGAGGACAGUAGGUGCUUUCAGGAUUGUUGAAGUGAUGCUGAAAAAGUUUUUGCCUCCGACAGCCUGUACCUGGACAACAGUUGUACAAGAGCUUUGCAAGCCUAAGAAGGUUAGAGCAGCUAUAGACAAAUGUUGGAGCAGCCUAUAUUGCUGA